GCUGGGCACCGAGGCGGCCAUCAAUAAUACAAGGAGGCUGUCACAUGUCUUUGCUGGCUGUCGCAGGAUUCCUCUCUCCCCAGAGUCUGGUUACUUCCAGAGAUCAAGUUCCAGCCUCUCGGCUGGUGAAUUAUUAAACUCCAGCAGUGCUCCGUUCCCUUUGUACCGCGUCUGUGUCUUCCUGCUGUCUUACCUUGCCGGUGACAGGCUCUUUCCGUCCUGCCGGCUGCGCAGAAGAGCGUCCUCGGGGCUAGCAUAGCAUCUCCUGCUCUCCUUCGCUCCUCGCCUCCCUGUGGGAGAGGAAAAGGCUCCAGAGAUGGAACAAUCCUACAGAACCACCAUCUCCAUCUAUAAGAGCAUCCUGGAGCAGUUCAACCCUGCACUGGAGAACCUGGUGUACCUGGGGAACAACUACCUGCGUGCCUUCCAUGCUUUAUCCAAAGCAGCUGAAGUGUAUUUUAAGGCGAUUGAGAAGAUUGCGGAGCAAGCGCUGCAAAGCUCCACCUCCCAUGUGUUGGGUGAAAUUCUGAUGCAGAUGUCUGACAUGCAGAGACUCCUAAGCUCUGAUUUGGAAGUUGUGGCUCAAACCUUCCAUGUGGACCUGCUGCAGCACAUGGAAAAGAACACCAAAAUGGAUGUGCAGUUCAUCAGAGAAAGCCAGAAGCAGUAUGAGUUGGAGUACCAGCGCAGAGCAUCCAACCUGGAUUUGUGCACAGCCAACAUGUGGAGAAUGGAGAGGGCUCGUGACAAAAACGCCCGGGAGAUGAAGGAGAAUGUGAUGCAGCUGCGCUUGGAGAUGCAGGCAUUUGUAUCUGAGAGCCAGAGGGAGGCUGAGCUGGAGGAGAGACGCCGCUACCGCUUCCUGGCUGAAAAGCACCAGAUGCUCUACAGCACUCUCCUCCAGUUUUACAGCAGGGCUCGGGGCAUGAUACAGACCAAGGCACCCCAGUGGAAGGAGCAGCUGGAGGCCACCCGGAACCCCCUAAACAGUCACUCACAGGGGCUUCUCACAGCCUCCCACAGCCAAGGCUAUCCAUCAGGCCGGCUCACCCCCACCCACCUUGACAUGCCUCAGAGACCUCUUGGGGACUUUCCUUCUUCCAUGACUGGGAGCAGAUCCAGCAUCUUCUCCCCGGAGCCUUCAGAAAUGAGACUGUCUCCUCAGCCAGAGCCCCCUAGGCAGCCACUGCGGAGGACACCAUCAGCCAGUCUGCUCCCUUCAGGCCGUACCUCCCGCUCGGGCUCCUUUGGCGAGGCCAGCAGCAGCAGUGAGGGCAGGAGGAGGAGUGGCAUGGCGAGGAUGCAAGCCAUCGUGCCACACACCACGGGCACCAACCGCACCCUGCUGCGGUUUGAGCCUGGGGAUGUCAUCAGGGUGCUGAUGCCGGAGGCGCAGAACGGCUGGCUCUACGGCAAGCUGGAGGGCUCCUCCACAUGCGGUUGGUUCCCCGAAGCUUAUGUCAAGCCUCUGGAGGAUGGGAGGGAGAUGGAGGACCCAGCCACCAGGUCCUUCCCGUUGCGAAGCAGUCACAGUAUGGAUGACAUCCUUGACCGUCCCAGCACUCCUUCUAGCAAUUACAGGCCUGCUGCUGCUGCCCAGCCCAGUUUGCCAAACCCACCUCCCCUCUCAAUGGGUGGCAGCAGUCACCAGAGUGGAGUGGCUACCCCAGUCAGUUCUGGCUCCAAGAAACCAGGAGUCUUUCAGCAGCCUCCUGAACUGUUCCCACGAGGUACCAACCCCUUUGCCACAGUUAAACUGCGUCCCACAGUCACCAACGACCGCUCCGCUCCCAUCAUCCGAUGAAGCAGGGCUGCAGAUGGCAGAGAAGUUCAGUGGGGAAGGGGGAGGCAUGCAAGAGAAGGGCUGCAACUCCCAUCUGGGCAGCAGCCUACUGCUCCCACUCACAGAGUAGCCUCUCUCUUCAUCUCCCUUACCCGUGGGACAUCAGGACCUGCCUCACCGGGCUGUCCGGCAUGCUUUGGCCAGCAGCAAUUCCCUGCUGCUCUCUUGGAUUCCCUCCACCCCACCUCCUGUGCGUUACUGUACGUGAGUGGGAGAAGUCUGGUGUUCCUGGUGCUGGUGGUCUGGGAAGGGAAUGCUGCUGCUCUGGGAGAUGGAGGGAUAGAUGGGUAAGAUCAUCUGCAUCAUGGGGCAGUGCAAGCAGGAUGACAAAGGUGAAGCUUUGCUAGCCCUGCUGUGGGCAGAGAAGGAUGCUCACUGGACAGCUCCUUUGCCACCAGCAAAAUGAGCCCUAAAGGGAGGCGGUGAUGGAAGGGCUUCUAGUGACACAGCUCUGCUGAUGAGGCCUGCAGCAUUCAGCUUGCUCUCUGCCUCUUUGGCAGCUGUGUCUAUUUGUAGCUGCAUCUUCUCCUUCACACCCCUGACGUGGCCCCUUCCCUUGCUGGGCAGCCCUGGGGCAGGGUAAGGACUGCUGACAGUGCCCAGCUCUGCUGCCCUCUUCCUUUGCCUAUUGUCCUGUGCAAAACGUUUGGGUUUGUUUUUAAUAAAAUGGAGAAUGCCA